UUGGAAUCUUCACUUCGUAACGCUACCAAGUACCCGUAUGUUGACAAGGUGCCUGGCAGCAAGAAGCAGGUCAGUAUUGAAAUUGAAGGAAAUACUGUACCGAAUGAUGGAAUACAUAGAGUUGAGUUUGAACAUGGCACAACUUCUGGAAAGAGAGUCAUAAGAGCAGAUGGAAUCGAAAUACUCCGUAGAGACUGGAUGUUUAAGUUGGUGGGUAGGGAACAUUUUAAUAUUGGCAAAGCCAAGUGUUCUAUAAUAGUUGAAGCCAUCAGUGGAUUCGCAUAUGAAUAUUCACUCGAAGUGAAUGGUAAACCUUUAAAAAAGUUCUCAGAAAAUCAGUCGAAGAUUAUGAAGACUUGGACUUUAACAGUAUCAGGAGAGCCAACAAGAGUGGUGCUAGAAAAAGAUACUUUAGAUGUCUGGGUGAAUGGUCAAAGAGUAGAGUCAACGGGUGAAUUUGUAGAUGACGGCACAGAGACACAUUUUACAUUAGGCAACAAAAGUGCUUAUAUAAAAGCCAUAUCUAGUGGAAACAGGAGAGAAGGACUAAUUCAUUCACUGAUUGUAGAUGACAAUGAAAUUCCUGAAGCGAAGGAAUAG